AUGGUGGUGGACUCGCGCGCGAGCGAGAUCGUGAGAAGCUUCCCGCCUACUGGAGAAAAUUACGAGAAGGCAAUCACGAGCUUGAAGAAUCGUUUCGGACGAGACGAUAUUAUAGUUGAGUUUUACGUUCGUGAGUUGCUGGGGCUCGUACUACAGAAUGCCGCGAGAGGGAAUAAGAAACCCUCCCUCGCGAGCAUAUACGACAAAGUCGAGUGCUACAUUCGUGCUUUAGAAACACUGGGUGUGACGACAGAUAGGUGCGCCGCCAUGCUUUAUCCGCUUGUGGAAUCGUCUCUUCCGGAAGAGGUCCUUCGAGCCUGGCAACGCAGUGGAGGACAGCGGAAAACAAGAGAAGAACACGCGACUACGGAUCGACUGUCGCGACUGUCGAAGCUUCUCGAAUUCCUACAAUUGGAAGUGGAAAAUGAAGAGCGCAUCGACUUCGCGUUAACAGGUUUUGGAUUACCGACGGAACAGGGGAAGAUAUCGAAGAAUCCGAAGGGUAAAACAGAAUCGUCAACGGAAACAGCCAGCGCGAGCGUUCUUUUUGUAUCAAAAGAAAAGAAGCCGGAUUGCAUUUUCUGUAAGUCGAGCCACGAGAGUCAGGGUUGUGAAUCCGCGCGUAAGUUAACGUUAGAUGACCGUAAGGAAAUUGUUAAGAGAGAGGGCUGCUGCUUUAGCUGUUUGAAACGCGGACAUGUCUCACAGAAAUGUAGGGUUAAAACGAAAUGUGAUUGGUGCUCGAAACGACACGCUCUGUUGAUGUGCCCGGAUAUAUUUCGGAAGGAGAGCGGGUCUGUAAAUAAACCGAACAAGGACGAGAAGACAGCCGACGAACAUAACCUAGCGUCGUUCUGCGAGACUAGGGCUGUCAUCUGUAAUUUUACUGGCCUAGGACAGAACCCCGGAUUUUUCCGUCUGAAACCCGGACACCCGUAA